GUCCAAAGGAUAUAUCCACAGGCAUGUUUGCCCGUCUUUGUAGGCGCUUUGGGAGAGUUGAUGUUGAUAGAGAAGAGUCUAGAGUGAAGCAAACGAAACCUAAAGCGGCCUGCAGACAGACGUCAUCCCCUGAAAAUGUCCUAAACAAGGUGCAGGCCAACGAGGAAGAGGAGAGGCUGAAUAGAGAACUGGAGCUAACUACCAAGGAGAGAAAUGAGCUGACAGAUCGCCUCCUUUAUGUGACAGGUGGAUCCAUGAGCAAGAGCCCCUACUUCAGGCCAAAUCCAUUUUAUGAAAACUUGAAGAUAAAGGAGAAAGAGGUCAUGUCAUUACUGCACAACUUAGACACAAAGAACAUUGAACAUCGUGAGAAAUUUCAGGAGCUCAAGAAGGAGAUUAACUUCUAUCGCAACCUGCACAGCCGGCUCCUGAUGGACCAGGCAUGUAUGAAGAAGAAGUUGGUCACAUUGAAGCAGGAGAGCAAGGAGUUAGAGCGAUAUUUGUUUGAGUUGAACCCGAAUGCUGAAGACGAACAGGAGAAGACCAGCAACCUCCAGACCCAGCAAAAUUUGGUAGGAACGAGCAGCUGAGUCAGAUUAACAAUGUCUGAUACCAUUUGCCUAUUGGAUACAUCUUUGCUUCCCCUAUCAUCUUUCUAAUCUCCCCACACCCAAUCAGUCAUCCACCUCA